AUGGUUCUCGCUGCAGUCGGUCAAAUGCGUUCCACGCCCUCAAUGUCCGACAACCUAACCCAAGCGCAAUCCCUCUGCACCAAAGCCCACGCCGCCGGUGCUGCCGCCCUCUUCCUCCCCGAAGCUGCCGACUACAUCACCACCUCCGGCGGCCUCAAACUCUGCAAACCAACCUCCGACUCCGAGUUCAUCAAGGGUCUCCAAGAAUCCGCAAAACAGUAUUCCCUCCCUAUAAGCGUCGGCGUCCACGAGCCCACCUCUACCCCCUCCAAAGUGAAAAAUACCCUCCUCUGGAUCGAUGCCCAAGGCUCAAUAACGCACCGCUACCAGAAACUGCACCUUUUCGACAUGGAUGUUAAAGACGGCCCGCAGAUGCAAGAGUCCAAGGGUGUAGAACGCGGUACCGAGCUACCAGACCCGUUCGAGUCUCCCGUGGGGAAACUCGGCACCCAAAUAUGUUUUGACCUGCGUUUUCCCGAACCAGCCCUCGCGUUGCGAAACCGCGGUGCGCAGGUCCUUUUGUACCCAGCGGCGUUUACCACGCCAACGGGCAAGGCAGGGCAUUGGGAGAUGUUGCUAAGAGCGCGCGCGAUUGAGACGCAGAGUUAUGUUAUUGCUUCUGCGCAGGUGGGGCCGCAUGACGAGGAGGGUAAGAGGAGGAGUUGGGGCCAUGGGAUGAUUAUUGAUCCGUGGGGGAAGAUAGUGGCGGAGUUGGGGGGCGAUGAGGAGGAUGGGUCAUGGAAGGGGGAGGGGGAGAUUGCGGUUGCAGAGAUUGAUUUGGAGUAUGUAGACAGGAUUAGGAAGGAGGUGCCUUUGAUGAGGCGGACAGAUGUUUAUGCGGACGUUUGUUAG